UUGCUCAAUUUGAUUGUGCAAGUUCAAUGUUUUGCCGCCGAUGAAAUCGUUUCUAUGCCUGGAUUGAAGGAAAAAUUGCCAUUUAAACAAUAUUCAGGCUACUUGAAUGGCAAUGACGGCAGUCGACUGUUUUACUGGUUUGUGGAAUCGCAGUCUUCACCAGCAAAGGAUCCAUUGAUGCUUUGGUUGAAUGGUGGUCCAGGAUGUAGUUCAUUAGCUGGUUUAAUCGACGAGAAUGGACCGAUCUUUAUCCGUGAUAAUCUUACCGUGGCUAGGAGACCGUUCAAUCAUACUUGGAAUGCUUUUGCUAAUAUUUUGUAUCUAGAAACACCAGCCGGCGUUGGUUUUUCUUAUGCCCAAGAUGACAAGAUGAAGAUUAAUGAUGAUACUACAGCCGAGAAUAACUAUGCUGCUAUAAAGCAUUUCUUUCUGAAAUUUCCACAUUAUUCCAAUCGCCCAUUUUUUAUUGCCGGCGAGAGCUAUGCUGGUGUUUAUAUUCCAACAUUAGCGAGGCGUGUUGUGCAAGAUAGCAGCAUCAACUUAAUCGGUUUGGCUAUUGGUAACGGUCUUCUCGAUAAUAAUAUCAAUUAUCAAUCACUAAUCCGAUAUGCUAAUUACCACGGAAUACUUGGACCGACAUUAUGGGCUAAUUUAAAGCAGCAUUGUUGUCAAGGUGAAAUUUGUCGAUUUAUUGGCGAUAUUUCAAGCAAAUGUCAAAAUACCAUUCAGAUCGCUAUGAAAACGAUUUACACUGAUGGUUUAAAUUUAUACAAUUUUUACACUCAGUGCAGUCAAUACCCAAUGUCUCAAAUUAGACAGUACACUGCAUUUACAACGUUAACCAAGAGUACUCAUGGCUUAUUUGGUUCUCCACCAUGUUUUAACAAUUCGGUGGCUGUCAAGUACUUUCGACGCGAUGAUGUUAAGAAAGCACUUCAUGUUUCUGAUCAAGCCCAGCCAUGGACUGUGUGUAGCUCUGGCCUAUCUUAUCGGACACAGUAUAAAUCGGCUGUAAAGCUGAUUCCGUCACUAUCGCAAAAAUGUCGUAUUCUCCUUUAUUUUGGUGAUUUAGAUAUGGUAUGCAACUUCUUAGGAGGCGAAGAAAGUAUCAGUUCCACUGGUUUGCCAACUAUUGGCAACUACCAACCAUGGCAUUACACCGAUAAUAAUGGUCGUCAAGUAGGAGGUUUUGCUACUUUGUAUCCCAAUGUUAAAUUUGUUACUGUUAAAGGUGCUGGUCAUCUGGUUCCUGGAGACAGACCAACUGAAGCGUGGUGGAUGAUGAAAGAUUUUAUUCAACACCCGUUU